AUGCCUGAACUUACCAGCCAACUUUCAGGCGCGGAGUGGGAGGCUGUCGGCCCUCAAACUCCAGCACAGCGAUUUUUCAAGGCGUAUGUCGACACCGUAGAUUCUGCUGGGUUCAACCAUGGCUCUGGACAGCGCUUUUACGCUAAAGACGCGAUAUUCCACAACCAGAACGGCGUUCAUUAUGUCGGAGGUGACGAGAUGUGGGCAUGGAUGAAACAACUAUUCAACCAGUUUGAGCGCUUGAAACACGACUACCUCAGGCUGUGCGAAAUUCAUGGCGACGAUGGAACAAGCCAAAUUUUCUCACAAAAUGUGAGGAAUAUUUGGUUGCCGGGAAACAGCACCAAUACGCCGUCUGUCAGCAUUCCCAUGAGUUUUGUCUGUCGCAUUGGUGCUGCGGAUAUCCCCGACACUGUUGAAGGACUACAAUUUAAAGAGGUUUGGCUGUACUGGGAUACAAAGAUGCUUGAGCCUCAUUUGCAACGGGAUGCCGUCGUCUUUCUGGGGGAAAAGGCUAGGCUGUAG